GGGGAGGGGAGGGAGGGGCCAUGCCAUGUACAUGGCCUUCCUGGGGUCCGUUCGUUGUAAUGUAUGUUAUGUGUGAGAGUGUGUUGGCAGACAGACCGACUCCACUCCCCUUGUGUGGGUGAGGGCCUUCCUGUCUGUCUGUCUGUCUGUCUGUCUGUCUGUAAGUGCGGUUGGCUGAUGCACCAACCCGUGUAGUAGAGGAAGCAGCUGUGUGGAUCCGACGGAAACAGGACACACCGACUGAUGAUGAUUGAUCAACAAUCGUUUCACACACACACACACACACGCGUGUUGAAUAAAGACGCGGCGGGCGGGCGGUGGGGUGGGAUAUCAGACACACAAAAGCCUUAAAGCUCGCACGCACACACACACACACACACAUGCACCCCUGCGCGUCGAGCUGCACUGACGCGCCCAUCCGACCAUCCAUCGAGUGUGCAAAUCACCGGAAAGCCAAGCCACGACGAGCGGUUAAAUGUCCUGACCAAUGGUCGGUCGGUCGGUCAUCGGCCAUUGGUCAGUCAGUCAUCCGGAGAGCCCCUUGAUGACGAUUUCCAUGGUGUCGUUGGAGAGGUUCUCCGUGUCGCGCAGCCGCUCCAGCUGCGCCUUCAUCAUGGCGCUGCGCACGGGCUCCACACUGACACACACACACACUUAGGUGUGUGGUUUAAGAAUGGUUUGCUGACUGACUUCUUCCAUCCGGCGAGGAAGACGGCGAAUCUGGACGCCAUUUGGGGGUUGAGCUUGUCGACCUCCUUGAUCACAUCACACACCAACGAAUACCUGACAGACAGACACACGGGACACACACACACACAGACAGGGAGAGAGAGGGAGAGCCCGAGAAUGCUCCACUGUGGAGGAGCUCAUGUGGCCAUGAUAUGUUUGUCAAGCGGACUCACUCACCCCGCGCCGUCCUUUCGGUGGAAGUGGAAGUUGUUGUUGGCGAACGCACCCACUACAGCCCUGCACCCACACACACACACACACACCGACAGCGACACCGGCAUCGGUCGUCUCGUCUCUUUGUUGGUUCUUGCCUGACCUGAGUUUGUUAGGGUUCUUGAGUUCGAAGUCCGGGUGCUUCAUGAGCUCCUUGACCCGCUCGACGGUGUCGGGGAGGUCGCUCUGCGCCUGCACCGCAAACCACUUGCACAUCUUGAGCUUGUCGUCUGGCAUUAAUGCAGCCACACAGACAGCCAUGCAGCCACACACACACACAUUUAGAGGGAUGGGGGGAUGGGUGGUGCAGGUGUGCUUGCCUUGCUGCUCACCUUUGCUGUCCCCAUAGAACUUCUGGAUGACCGCCUCCCUCUCAGCGACGGGAAUGUCAGCCAACGCAUACAACGCUGAGAACACACACCCACACCCACACCCACACACAAGCAUGACCAGACCCCGCAGCCAUCCAUCCAUCCAUCCAGCCAUCGACACGCCUGUGUGUGUGUGCCGCCCCGCACCUGAGAUGCGGUCGCUCAUGCAGAGUCCGGUCUCGAAGUGCUCCACGGCGAGCUUGACGGUCUCGGGGUCCUGCAGCACGGCCAUGCUGAUCAGCAGGGCGUUCCGCAGCCGCCGCCGGGCGAUCGACGGCUCGUCCACCUUGAAGACCCCGCCCUCCGCCGCCACCUCCUGCGUCAGCUUGUCGUAUACCUCACGCAGCUCCUUCUUGCACGCCUCUACCAAUCCUUUGCUGAGAGACACACACAGGGGUGGGGUGUGUGUUGGGGGAUGGAUGGAGGGAGGGAGGGAGGGAGGGGUGCUGGUGGUUUCUCGCCCACCGACCGGACGUGCUGUCGUGCGUUGUGCAGGUGGUCUGGUGCAAUGGGUGCAGCGAUCUCUCCGAUGAGGGUCUUCUCGUCGGGCAGGCGCAGCGAGUAGGUCUGAUGCGCACACACACACACACACACACAUGUAAAUAACAUCCGUGUGCUCAGUGGCGACUCAGACAGACAGACCUGUAGGGAGCGGUCGAUGUCGGUCGCCGUGAGGACCUUCCUCCAAGCCUCCACAAACACGCCGGGCAGUGCUGGCGGAGACUCGCCGGCAGACAACUGCGCAGACCUCACAGGCUCUCAUCCACGUCUCUCUCUCUCUCUCUGUGUUCGUGUCUACCUUGUUGUAUGUGUCUUUGAUGACGAUCGUGGCGAGUGUCUGACCGGCCUCCCAUCUGUUGAAGUCGUCAGUGUCGUGGGCCAUGAGGAAGGCCAGGUCGUCGGGCGAUCGCUCAAACUUCAGCCGACAGGGGGCGGAGAAAUCCCUGUGUGCAGAAAGAAGGACAGACCCACAUACACAGAGAGGGGGACAGGGUGGGUGCAUGUGUGUGUGUGUGUGUGUUUGGAGGGGGGAAGGUACCCAGCUACCUGAGGAUGGAGGCGAUAGGCUCCUCCGGCACGUUGUCGAACACAAACGUCUCCUUCUCGCCCUUGAGCUCGAGCACCUGCAAUCCCCCAACCCACCCACCGACACUCUCUCCCUCUCUCAGGGCACCCUCCCGACACCACAGCCACAAAGGCAUAAAGGCAUACCAUAGAGGGCUGCAGCUCCUUGCCAGUGGCCUUGGACAGCAGCCCCGUCUUGAUAGGUAUGUGCAGGGGGUGCUUCUCCGCCUGUCCCGGUGUGGCGGGGGUGGACUGGCUCACGACGAUGGUGAACUGCUUGAGGCUGGGGUCGUAGCUGGCCGACUCCACCGUCACCACAGGGGUGCCCGCCUGGAGGUACCACCGCUCGAACUGCUUCAGGUCGCUGGUGUUGGCGUCAGCCUGAGAGACAGACGAAGGAAAGGUCAAAAGCACUCACAAGUGAGAAUGGUCCCAUGGGUGCUUACGCUACCAUGGCAGCCCGGAAGUCGUCACACGUCACCGCCUGGAUAAUGGCAAUGGACCGAGACACACACACGUGUUGGAACGGGCCAAGUGGCGUGAGGCGUGUGGUGCCGUAGGUACCUGUCCGUCGUGUCUUGUGAAGUAGAGGUCCAUGCCCUUGCGGAAGCCGUGCUUGCUCAGCAGCGUCUGGUACAUCCGGAUCACUUCGGCGCCCUUCUCGUAAACAGUCGCCGUGUAAAAGUUGUCCCUGGGCCACACACCAACACCAACACAAACACGGGACCAUGUGUGUCUCUCUCAUUGUGGCUCCCUCUCCCUGUGUGUGUGUGUGUGGAGUAGGUUACAUGGCGAUGUAGCUCUCAGGUCUGAUGGGAUGUGCCAUCGGCCCGGCGUCCUCGGGGAACUGCCGCGACCUCAGCAUAAUGAUGUCCUCGAUGCGCUUGACGGCCGCUGACGCCAUGUCGCGGGAGAACUCCUGGUCGCGGAACACUGUGAGGCCCUCCUUCUGCACCCACCGCACCAGUCAGUCAUCAGUCAUCACACACGCACAGUGGUGGGGAGGUUUGGGAUGGGAGUGGUGUUUGGGGUGGGAGUGGUGUGUGGUGUGUGGCUGACGGACGAGUGUGAGCUGGAACCAGUCCCUGCAGGUGACUCGGUUGCCUGUCCAGUUGUGGAAGUACCUGAUGGAGCCAUCCAAACAUCCAUCCAUCCAUCCAUCAGUGUGUGUAGGUGUUUUGGUGUGAUGUGUUGUGUUAUGUGCCUGCCCCCACUCGUGUGCAAUGACGCCCAUGAUGCGCUCGUAGUCGGCGUCUGUUGAUGUGUCCGGCGAUGCGAGAAUCAGCGCCGUGUUGAAGACGUUCAGACCCUGAGAGGCACACACACAGGGGGAGACAGACAGACAGACAGACAGGGGGGCUUUGAGUAAGGUAAGUGCGUUGGUCUGUCCAGCCCAUAUCGCUACUAGGCGACCUUGUUCUCCAUGGCACCCCUGACACACACACACACACACACACACACAGAGAGAGAGAGAGAGAGAAGGAUUAGGUGUGGGUUUGCUUCACACAGACAGACAGGAGUACAUGUUGAAGUCAUCGACGGCGACGCUGACACACACAGAAACACACACAGAGAGAGAGGGGGUAGAAAACGGUUGGCUGUUGGUUUGGUUUGGUUUGGUUCGGUUCGGUUUGAUCAGUGUGUGUGUGAAGGUACGUACAUGUUGAAGACGUCCAGGUCGUACUCGCGGCCAAACUUCUCCUCAUCCCACUUCAUCGCCUGAUGAUGUCAACACACACACACACACACAUCCACCCACGAAGAAAACUAUGAAACUUUGUCGGUAUAUCUCUCUCUCGGGCUCGUAUCGUAAGUGUGACCUUCUUCAGUGACUCCAUGGCCCAGUCCAGCUUGGCCACAUUGUGGGGCUCAGAGAAGAUCUCCAAACGCACCUUCCGGCCGCUCUGCAUCAACGACACCACCAACAAGCCAUCGACACACCUUCCCACCCCCAUCACCCCAUUCAGCCCACCGUAGUGGUAAAAUCGCUGUGGAUGGACUUGAGGUUGCCGACGACGAGGGCGAAGAGGUAGCAGGGCUUGGGGUGCGGGUCCUCGAAGGAUGCGUAGUGCCGCCCGUCGGCCGCGUCGCCGCUCGAGAUCUGGUUGCCGUUGCUGAGCAGAACGGGGUACUCGGACUUGGAGGCCUCCACACGAACCUGAUGGAUGGAUGGAUGGCAUGGCAUGGCUCAGACAACGUGUGUGUGUGUGUGUGUGGUGGGAUACUGACUGUGUAGAGGGACAUGACGUCGGGUCCUGCGGACAGACAGACAGACAGACAGACCGCCAUUUGUCAGUGUCCUUGAGGUGAGCUGAGGUGAUGUGGUUGGCUGACUGACGGUCAAGGAAGUAUGUGAUGCGUCUGAAGCCCUCUGCCUCACACUGCGUGCAGUACAUCCCCCCACUCUUGUACAGCCUACACACACACACACACACACACACACACACCGUCCGCACCUCUCAUCUCGCCCACCACACCCCACCUCCCACCCUCACCCCCACAACUGACAACUUACCCCGAGAGCUGGAAGUUCUUCUCCGGGCAGAUAGCCACGGUGGUCUCCACCUUGAAGAGCUCAUCGGGGUCGGCCGGCAGCAGCUUCCCCCGGAUGACCAGCUGCUUGUCCUCAUCGUGGCCGUACCCCUCCGCCCCCUCGCUCAGCACCUUGCCGUUGAGCUUCACCUCCUUCAGAGUCAGGUCCUCGCCGUGCAGCACCAGGUCGGCCCCGCUGGGCGACCCGCGGUUGCGGUAACACGUCAGCACCGAGCGCACCUGAGUGAGUGAUGCAGUCAAGUCAGUGCAGACGCCUGCAUGGUGUCUCGUUUGUGUCUGUCGGUCUUAGCGUACGGUGGUCGUGUCCUUGUGGACAUCGAAGUCGAGGUCGACCUUUUUGAUCCAGUAUUCGGGCGGCCUGUAGUCGAGCCGCUUCUUCUCCUUGGGCGGCUUCCGCAGGUCGACCUCCUUGACCUGCUCGGCAGCUGCCGUCGCCGUCUGCGUCACGGUCUGCGUCUGACUCGCCAUCUUGCACACCACACACACAACAACGAACCACAGAACCCAGAGAUCUCUCCUUCUCUGCGCCAGAUCUCUCUGCAAGCCAAGCGCGCAGUGGACCGACCGACCGAAUGCGCGUGGGUGGUUUGAAGCGGUGCUGGUGCUCUUGAUGGGCGGACGAGGUGGUGGUUUGACCGUGCCUUUCGCCAGAAGCUGCUGCUGUUCAGCCCAUCUCUGGUGAGGAAGGUCAAAGGCGUCUGGAAGGCCGCCGUCGACACUGCUAUCGACCUCAGGAUGCUCCCCGACUGGAGAAUGCAGCUCAGAAUGGCGCCGCCCGCCCCUUUGGUGUGCAU